AUGGCAACGGGUGCUCUGUUUCCGGGUGCAAGACAGCGCGACCGUUUUGGGAAGGCGCUCAAGGCGUUGGCCCAUGCGGUUCUUGGGAGCACAGCAAACGGCACGGUUGGCACCCAUUCCAUUCGAAAAGGCAACGUUGUGGAGCGGUAUAUGCACUACGAGAAGGCCGGAGAUCAGUUUGUUGGUCGUGUGGUGGCAGGCCUUCCACUCAACAGCGCUGGCUUCGCUCAACUUCCCCCUCACUUCGACGCCACUGACAGCGCCACCGUCACAAGUGCAGUGCGGUACAUGUUUCCGAGACUUUCAAAGAACGUGGCCCUACUCGGCGUUCUCAAGCUUGGGUUGGCAUCACUCGUGUUCCACGCCGACUACCUUCGCAGCACACUACCGGCCAGCCACGCUGUCUUGCACACGGCUAUAUUUCGUGACGACGAAUUACGGGUAAAACUACGGUCUCUUUUGCGAUCCAGCUCGGCGACGUUGGCACCUACAGGUCUUCCGCCCUAUGUUGAGCUAUAUCGUCAGCUCGAAGCGCAACAUGAGACAUUGAAGGCACUCUCGACCGAGGUUGUUGCUGGCGUCCGGGGCAUCUGGGACGAAAAGGAGCUCUCAGCAGGCACAGUCACUCAAGCGUACAUCGACAGGCACUUUUCGACUAUCCUGGAGCGGCUUGGCGGCGGUGGAAACAGUGCUGACGUUGUACCGGCACAGCCCCCGCCACGACGCCGCGAACACAUGCUGUUUGCCUGGGGUGGCCGCCUGCACAAGCUGCCGGAGGAUUUUUGUUUCCCAAGUGUUGACGUGGCAACGGCUUGGGCUUUGUGGUGGCUCGGCAAGGAUAAUGAGAUCCCUUAUCGCACGAUUGACCCAAGCGACCUCUCAACGAAACUUCAAAAGCGCAUCUUGUCUGAAUGGCGUACCGAGGAAGCCGUCGUCGAAUCAUUUGACUGCGCUGUCCAUGCUCUCGACGGAGUCGUUGAUAAGACCCUGAGCCAACGGCAAAGACGGUUCGGGCAGCUCAUGGUCGUCACCGUCGCUCGGAUCAUGCGCGAGACGAAUGGCGCGAAAACGAAAAGGGCAUAUUCGAAGCGUAAAAGAAGUUAG